GUCUUGACUUGCACAGCGCGUUAGCAAGACGUACAAUCUAGCGGAUACAAUAUUUGAGAUAUUUUGUAUAUAGUGUGGUGUGUUUCCCAUCUGAAGAUUGCCGGUCAGAUUUGCUUCUUUCCUGCGUUCGACUCGCAACAAACCAAAAUGACUCAUUCCUUUUAGUGUGCGUUCGUGAUGUAGUACUUGAUUCGAUCUUUAGAUUCUUUAUCUAAAAUCUAAUGUAUCUGGUAUAGAGCUGGUGCCAUUUGAAGGCACUGCAUCAAGUUUGUUCUGAAGACUUUUUGUUAUAUGAACCGUUUGGUUCUAUGGUGAUUAAUGUGAUUAUAUUUUUUUGAUUGUUGUUAGAUUCAUUUUCGUUACAUUUUUCUCAGUCAGCUCUUAAAGAAUAACGAAGAAGACCUGUUUGUUGUUAUUGUUGUUUUCGGUUGUUAGUUAGAAGUUUGUGUGUUACUUCUUCCGUUUGUGUAGACAUAAUAUAACAGAGAAUUUCAAUCACUAAGUGACUCACCACAAAAGAAUUAUUCAGCCGGCAACCUCAAGUGAUCUUGUUAAAGAUCAAUCCUAAGGCGAUGCAGAUGAAAAGUGUUCGGUGAAGAAUAUCGUUAAGGAGAUACUUAAAACAACUAAACAGUGAAGAACUUUUUUGAGUAUUGUUUUGUGACUUCAGUUGCUCGCCCAGUGAGACAAAGCAACGAUUCUUUGUUAUUGCUGGAACGUGCAAGACCGGCGACCGGUAAAGUGUGUAUAACGUCUGCAAAGGUCCAGCUUCAGAUAUAGCGCAACGAAGGAGAGAUGGCUGCUACUUUGCAACAGCCCCAGCAACACACCAAUCCUCAAUUGAAGAGGUUGGUUUAUUCUAAGUACCGGGAAAUGCUUGGCUCCUACAAUGAUAAAGCCAACACAAUUAUCCAAGCGCUACCGGCGUAUAUGGUCACAGAGGACAAAGGAUUUAAUUUCAAUAUCAGUAAUGAUUCCGAGGAAGACAAGGAUGAUGUUGAUUUCAGUGUACCACUCCCACCGACACUUCCUACGAACGGUUCACUUCCAGCUAGACGAAUCCAAACACAGGCGCCACCUUCAGAGCCACCAGCAUGCGUCCAGAAUGCUAUGAUGACAAAGGACAAGAAGCCUUUCACCUACACGCCAGGUGGCAUUGAUCUCUCCCAGAUUAAAUCGCCUCGUAUGGCAAAACGAAUAGCUCGAAAUGCACAAUAUGAAGGUGUAACCAAUACACCAAAACAAUCCCCUCUGGCACAAGAUCAACAGAAUAGUAUGGGGGUAGGUGCUCCACCACCAGCUUCGGCAAUGGGUGUACCCGUGCAGGUAUUCCCAACAGGUCCCCCACCACCGCCACCAGCACCAGCAAAAUCCAAUUCCUCUUCCAAUGCACCACCACCACCACCACCUAUGUCGCAACUAACUGCACAGUCCAAUGGUCGUGAUGCAAGAAAAUCACCUACACCACAGAAUUUCGAACCGCCACCAUUGGGCUGUCGGCCAGAAAUCAAAAUUCCUCCAAAUCCUAUGGCUAGUCUCAGAAAGGUUCCGAAAGUUGAACCUAAGAACGAUUUCUGGAUAGAAGAAUAUCGUAAAGAAAGAUCAAAGAGUCCGUUACCUGGCGAAGGCAAUCAGCAAGAAGAAAGUGCUAACCAACAAGUCCGCCCAGAAAUAGCUCCCAGUGUGUCCAGUCCUCCAACUAAACCAGCAAAGAAUGAAGAGGAUGAAUCUGAUCCUCACAAAGAUCCUAACCGUAUUGCUUUCCAACAGCAACGACAACAAUAUCAACCACCACAACAGCACCAGCCAGCGCCGCAACCGCAACAAUAUCAAGCGCCACCACAAUCGCAACAAUAUCAACCAUCACCCCAGCCACAGUUCCAAUCGUACCGUCCAAAUCAACCAAGCCCACAACAACAAUCUCAAGAGCCAUCGUACCCACCCCAUAUGGAUCCCAACCGCAUUGCUUUUCAACAACAGCGCCAACAGCAACCAUCAGAAAUGGCCCCAGUCCGUACCCCUGCGGGACCCUAUCAACAGCAACAACGUCAACAACCAUCGACCACUACACCAGUCAGUCCGCGAGUUGAUAGUCCUUUCCGUUCCCAGGAUCAUCCAAGUUUGCAACGUCCCCUGAGCCCAAUAAAAACGCAAAGCUCACCACAGCAAACACCACAAUCGCCGUACUAUGUGAGACAAUCGCAGCAGCAACCCCAAUCGCCGUACCAGCAGCAACCCCAAUCGCCAUACCAACAACAACAGCAGCCGCGUCAAAACGUUACAAGCCCUCCACCGCAACAAAAACCGACCCAAGUCGGAACACUUUACAUCGCUCCGGUACCACCAGAAAAUUUGGCCACCGGUUCAGAGCAACAACCUCGUUCAGCUGGACCAGAACAAAGACCAUCAUGGUUAUCGCAACGACCAAAUAUGAAAGAGAACCCAGAAUGGGUACGUGAGGUAAAUUCCCCACCAGCCGCAAAUCGUACCCAAACCCCACCAAUUAACGCUAAUCAACAAAGUAGCGGUCCUGGUCUAAGGUUACAAAUGAAUUUGAACACUUCUUCAUCAAAUGCAAAGGAACAUAUUAUUCCUAUUCAAAUUGAGAAGACUCCAACACCAUCCAGAACCCCGUCAACUCCAGGCUUUGGACCCCAACCCUAUUCGCCAGGUAGCCAACAAUAUGGAAGUGUAACUUCGCCAGGCUCGGGAUAUUCGAGUCCAAAUGUGGCCGUCAUUCGAAAUCCAAACCAAUUUGUCGAUCAAGGCUACAACAACUUCCCCAACCAGUGGAAUAAUCAAACCCAACAGCAAGGCACGCAACAACGAGUUAUGUCUCCACCAGCUCAACAGGGUGGCGGUCGUGUAAUUCCAAUUUCUAUCGAACGCGAUGACGGACCUUUCAACCCCAAUGUAGUCAGAGGUCCCAUUUCACCGGCACCCAUAGUGAUUCAAAACGGGAAUUAUAGACUCAUAGUACAUGAUUGUCCGUUAGAAGCUCAACUGCGUUUUGGCAAAGGCAGACUCAGUGAUCCGCGUGCAAUUCAACAAGCUCGUUCCAACGGAAUACCACCAAAUCAAUCGAAAUCUUUCAGAGUGCUCCAGAAAAUUACAGACACCGACAGUGGCCGGGAAAGUGACUCCGAGCAAGCUGCUGAAUUGCAUGGACCACAAUAUUCACGACAGAUGGGCGAUGCCAACGAUCAAAUGAGGAAAAUGCAAAUAAACGACAACAACCAGCAAGCAUUCGUGAAUCGUGUGGAUCCUAGGUAUCGUGGCGGUGCAAUCCCAUCGAAAACAUUUCAAAAGUUAAAAUCUUUGACCGAUAAAUGUCCUUCCCAAGCGAAUAAAAAAGACACGACAGGUGUUGAUAGUGCAAAAAACGCGAAAGAUGAAGCUAAAACCUGGGGUCCUAUUCAAAGGCAGACUCAGCGAUAUGUACAGCAGAGACCGAUAUACCAACAAGAUGAUCAACCACAACAAUACGUUCAUCCAAGUGAACAGCAAGUUCACGAGCCAAAAAUAUACACUGGUAGCGCUAUACCAAGUCGUUCAUUCAAACUGCUGCAAGCUAUGACAACACCCGAAAAUGCAGUCAAAACUGAAGACUCGGGUGUUGUUGAAAAUGAGCAAAGCAAUUAUUAUUCGCCUUACGAUUAUCCUUACCCUAGUCCAUACUCCCCAUCCUGUACUCCACUUCCAUACUAUAUCCCUGAUCAAAACGAUCCCGCCUGGCAAAUAGCGAGUCAACAGCCAUUUUAUCAACCGUACUCCUACUAUUAUCCACAGUAUGACACUGAAGGAUAUGGAGACUACGGUAACGAUUUUGCCGAUGAUUACGAUGUAAAACCCAUUCAAGGUACUCCGAAUAUCAUUAUAACGGCUUCAGAUGACGAUGCAGAUAUGAACGAACAUGCGGUUGGAGCUGAUGAGGAGCAGCAACCUCAAUAUCGAAAUGGCUUAGAAGAGGCUGGACAAAAGGUAGUUGACUUGGAAAACGAAGAAGAGUCGCCUAUUGCAAUAUUGAGAAGACGGUUAAGUCAAAUUACCAAUCCAGAUUUUGGAGAGGAAACCGAUCAAGGCGACAAUAAAGACCUUCGGAGUAUCGAAAGUCAAGAUCGCAAUCGUUUGAUACCCAAAGCGCCUUGCCAUGAAAAAACGCCUGAAGGUGAAAAUGAAUCAGAAGAAGAAUCUGAUGAACUGUUCACAUCUUCUUCUUCUUCAGAAGAGGUCCCAAAGGAAAAGCAAAACGGUAGUCGGGAUGGUUUGCACGCUAUCAAAUCUGUUACAAACAUAAAAGUUUAUGAUAUGCUCGAUGAUGAUGAGCAAAGUUUAAGCCAAGAUAAAGAUUCAAACGAGAUCCAUGCUGAGCAGCUACGAGAGGAUAAUGUUCAAGAUGAGGACAGAGUGGCAGAAGGGUUUGUGAUUUCUGAAUGCCAUGACGAUGACUCUUCUAAUGAAUCGGAAGAAGAGAAGCUAGCGGAAGGUAUAGUAGAUAGCGGCAGUGAUACCGAAGAAGAAAAUGAUAUAACUGAAGAUUUUCAGAAUAUUGAGAUACAGAAUCAGUUAAGCGUUAUCUAUGAGGAAGACACAACAGAGUCUGCUGAACGGCGGAAUAAAAAGCGUACUGAAAGCUUCAACAGUACAUCAUCUACUUUGAGUGAAUGCUCCACAACUAUUGCCAACGAUCAAGAGGAUGAAGAAGAAAUAGACCUAGAUAACAAGACAGACACUGAAGAGGAUGACGAAGAGGAAGCAGAUGAGGAAAAUUCUGUUACUGUAAGGUUACCUUUACGACUUUCAUUUAGUCGUACCUCCAAUGAUGAGAAUAUUACAACAGUAGUUGUCGGGGACAGUGAGAUUCAAGGCAGUCGACGUUCAUCCUUGAAGACCAUAGAUGACUCUACUGAUUUCGUUUUUGGAGAUAAUGAUUACCAAGCAGAUGCCACGAACACAAAUGAUGUCAGUGUUACGUUUAGCCUCCCAUCUAGAAGUAAUUCAAUGGAUCGCAGUGGUCUUAUCAGUAAGACCCCAUCUGUAGAUCGUGAGACUUCUGCAAAAGAUUGGGACGAUUCUGAGUCUGAUUCGGAAUCAGUGUCAAUAUCAGUGUCCCUUCCAAUGAAGAGAAAUAAGUUCAUGACGCAGACAUUAGGGGACGAUCUGACCAACAACAUACAUGAGGUUGUUUCAGAUUGGGAUGUGCAUUUGGAAGAGGAGAGCGAUGAGGAUGAUGAUCCUGAGGAUGACACGAAGAGAGAAGAAAGUACUUUGGUUGAAUGCAUACCGGAGACUAUUGUCGAGGAGGACGAGAAGGAAGAAUUGGAAGACGAAGAAGAAGAAGAAGAAGAGGAAACAUCAGAGGAAGAAGAAGACGAAGAAGGGUCGGAGAGUGGGGAUAUAAAAUCGGUUCCAGAUAAAUUGAAUGAUUUAAAUGGUAAAAGUUCACAAACAUGCAUGAAAAACAGCGAAGUGAUCGAAAGUGCCAAUGAUAUGUUUGAUGCAUUACGGGAAUUCCGAGUUUGGAAUGAUCAAGCUAGAAAGCGAGCAACUGAGGAGCGCGAAAUCAUACAGAAACCCGAGAAACUUUCCUUAUUUAAUAAUCAGGCUGAAGAUGAUAUAACCAAACUAUUUGAAAACCUUAAAAAUGAAGAAAUUAAAAAUAAGGAAGGAGAAUCGGAAGAAGAUGGAGAAGAAUGCUCGGAGAGCACUGAGAGCUCUAGCUCAGACGAAGAAGCAGUGGCCGUACCUCAAAGCAAAACCGACGUAAAUGAGAAAAAGUUCAAUCCCCUAGAAGAGUCUUUGUCAUUUGUUCUUGAAGAAACCAAACGUAAAUGUGAUGAAACAUUCACUAAAAUGAAUACCCGCCAGGAUGACAAUGCCAAAGUUUCAGUCCGUGAACGUAUUGCUGCGUUCGAAGCAUCGAAGAAAUCGCCUGAAGACAUGAAAUCAUCUAGACCUAUUCUUGAGAUAACAAAUAAUAAUACUUCUGCUAAAAAAGAGAUUCUCAGCAGAAACAGCUCUAUCCAGCGAUCAGAAUCUGAGUUGGAAGAAACUGAUUCUGGUGUUACUUCAGACAUGAGUAAACCUGUAUCCGAAACCGAUACCGACCCAGAAUGUUUCACAGAAUUGAAGAAGAUGUCCCGGUAUCAAAGGGCAGCCACACAUUCAAGACUAUUUAAAUUGCUUCAGGAUGAGUCCAGUUUUGAUGAAGACAAGAAAACUGAUGACGAUGAGAAACCACCUGAAGUAGUCCUCAGACCGAAAAAGAAGAUUAUACACAACGUGUCGAUUACGAGGCGCUCUAACCCAGAUGCUGUUAAAAAUGCUGAGACAAUGUCCCAGAGGAGAGAAAGACUAUCUUUGCCACUGAAAAUGAGUAACAGCAUUGAUGCAGAUAAUUUGUCCACGUCUAAUUCACCAUCCUCUCCAGCCCAGCCGGACGGCAUUAGUGAACAGUUAGUCAAUGAAUUGGUACAAAGCUUGCUUCUGAAGAAAGACACACACCAUCUUCGCAAUCUCCCUUGGGCGAAACUUCAAGCAGCUGCGAAAAGAGUAUUACAAGAGGAUCUCGAUCUCGAUUCACUAGAAAAUACUUCCAUUGAAUCGACGCCAGCUAUGACACCUCAAGAUAUGAAAAAUGAGUAUCAAAAAUCGUAUGCGGAUUACUACGAAACAUGGAACCGAUCAGGUUCUCCAAAAACUGAUCCAAGUGUUACAGAUGCAGCCUCGUCAAAAUCAUUUAGAACUCUCCACAAUCAGUCUCCUUUGCUAGGACAAAAUCAGUUCCGAAGUGUGCGUUGUCCUCGCGUACUGAGUUCGAAGUCAUUGAAUCGCGAUCUCUCACGAGUUGCCGAGAGUCGAGAGUCUGAAUCACCUGAAAGUUACCGAUCGCCAAGGAGUAGCGCUACGCCCGAAAGGAGUCGAGAUUUUCUCAGAGCAUCGUCUUUGUCACGAAUAGGAAAAGUGUGAUAAAUACGUUCAGUGAUGACGCCAAUUUUUUACUAGUGUAAUUCUAUUAUUGUUAAAAGCAUUUUGUACUUUGAAUCAUUUGAGAAUAUAUUUUGAAAAAAAAUGAUUGAAGGUAAACGCGAAGAAAGCAUGCUGAAGGUAAUGACUUUGUACCAUUCGAGAAAUCCAGAUUUGUCUCAGGAAUGAUCACUGCCGUUUGAGAGCAUUAUUAUAACUUCUACUAGGCUGUCCAAAAUCUUUGUGAUACAACCAAGAUUUCCUUUGAAAUUGUUUUGCAUUUAGGAAGAAAAAGAAUGCGCCAUUCACUAUCAAUAUGAAGAUGAUAACUGCCACAACAUCGCUAGGCCAGAGCUGUAAUUUAAUCCUUUCCCCCACCCCUUACUGUCCAACUAUCCCCAUUGAAGAAUAUUGAACGAAAAAAUGUCAGUAGAGAAGCAAUUAUUUUCGAAAACAAUACAAACUGAGAAUAAUCAAAAUUGUAAGAAGAUUGAAGAAUCGUGUUCAAGAAAAAUAUAUCCGCCAAAAUAUUGUUGCAAAUCAAAAAGGGCCUGGACAGUCCGAUCUAUAAUUAUUUCUCUUCUCAAUAGAAAUAUAUUAUAGAUGUUUGUACGCACAUGGCGCAACGAUAAAUUGUUAUUGUUAAUCGUUUGGAUUCACUAAUUUAGAAACUAAAACAAUGUUGGAAACAGUAGAUUCUUCAAAAGUACUUUCUCUUCACCUGGGAAACUAAGAUCAAAUUUACUAAAAAUUUUGGAAACAAUUCGAUUUGCGAUAUAACCUCCAGUUUGGUAAAAUUCUGAAUAUUGCUUUUGGUGGCAUUUAGUUCUGUUUUUUCGCAUUAAUUCGAAUACAGUGGGGGUAGGAAGUUUUCUUAUUGAUUCGGAAACCGCUAAAAAUUUUUUUUAAUAUCUUACGCGAAUAAAUUGCCAGGAAUACAAAUACAACCAUGUUAGUGUACUAUAUUUCCUAGAAACCGACUUGCUUUAUCCUUUGGCAAUAUGAACUUAAUAAUGUGGUUGAAUUUUUACAACUAUCGCUUGGAUUUUUUCUUUAAUUUCUCAUUUUUGUGUGGUUCUGAUUUUAUUUUGAAUCAACCUUAUGUAUACUUACAUAUACACUGAUAUUUAUUGUAAUGCAAUUUGAUUAUAUUUAUAUGUAUCAUAUCAUGAAAUGUAUCAUUGAUCUACGAAAAAAGAAUAUGUAACGUGAAAAGAUGAACUACAUCACUAACGAUUGAAAGAAACAACAAAUAUUGAACGACGCAUUAGCAAUUUUAGAAACUAUGUAUUGAAUAGAUUUUUAUUUUUCACUAGUUUUCAUCCCGGUUUUCAUGUAACAACCCCAUUUCACUAUCCGAUAUCUUCGUAACAAUUCGUGGCUACAAUUCAGUUUUUUAAUUCAUUGUUUGCACAUAUAUUAUAGAUAGUAGACCUUCAUUUCUAUAUUUUAUUAUGUUACAACAUUUGGCUCUACAACAUUUAGAUGUAAAUUUAUAAUUUUUUGAUUAAAUAAAUAAUUAAACAAA